CCCCUUGCCCACAGUGGGUGGUGCUUCGAUGCCCUGCGUCACUUCCGGCUGGCUGUAGAAGGAAGCUGAAAAGGAAGUGCUCCCUACGGGUGUUUGGUUGUUAAAGGGAGAAAUAGAAGUGGAGAUUCCAUGUCAUCAGUCGGAUAUCGGAUGAAGACUGGCUCCAGAAUGUGGCAUGAAGCUCGUAAACACGAGCGGAAGCUUCGAGGGAUGAUGGUGGAUUAUAAGAAAAGAGCCGAGCGCCGCCGCGAAUAUUAUGAGAAAAUUAAAAAGGAUCCCGCGCAGUUCCUUCAGGUGCAUGGAAGAUCUUGCAAGAUCCACUUGGAUUCUGCAGUUGCCCUGGCUGCAGAGAGUCCAGUUAACAUGAUGCCAUGGCAAGGGGACCCUAAUAAUAUGAUCGACCGGUUUGAUGUCCGAGCUCAUCUUGAUUAUAUCCCUGAAUAUAAACCACCUCUGCUCACAACCAUUUCUUCCGAGCAGGAAUCUGAUGACCGAAAGUGCAAUUAUGAGCGAUACCGAGGUUUGGUUCAGAAUGACUUUGCUGGAAUUUCUGAAGAGCAGUGUCUUUACCAAAUCUAUAUAGAUGAACUCUAUGGCGGCUUACAGAGACCGGGAGAGGAAGAAAAGAAAAAGCUUUCGGAGAAGAAAGCCUCUAUCGGGUACACUUAUGAAGACAGCACUGUUGCUGAUCUGGGAGACUCUCCAGAAAAGGGGGAAGAUGAAGACUCUGAUGACGAGAGCAAAUCUGAUGAAGAUGAGGUUAUCCCUGACAUCGAUGUCGAGGUUGACGUAGAUGACAUCACGGAAGAGCAAGUGGCUGAUCUGAACAAGCAGGCAACAACAUAUGGGAUGGCUGAUGGUGACUUUGUAAGGAUGCUACGUAAAGAUAAAGAGGAAUCUGAAGCUAUUAAACACGCAAAGGCAUUGGAAGAAGAGAAGGCUAUGUACUCUGGCCGGCGUUCGCGCCGCCAGAGGAGAGAGUUCAGAGAAAAACGUUUAAAGGGGAGAAAAAUUAGCCCUCCCAGUUAUGCCAGAAGGGACAGUCCAACAUAUGACCCCUACAGGAGGUCACAAUCUGAUUCGUCCUCCGUUUCCCGUUCUCGAACACCAAGUCCUGGGCGAGAGGAGGCAAUUACCUUCAUCACCAGUUUUGGGGGCAGUGAUGAAGAGGCCACACCUGGCCCCGCAGUGCAGUCUCCUUCCGGGAGUGGGAACAGCAAACGCACCCCCAACACACAGGGGACUGGGACUUCAUCAGGUCGUAAAGAGGCCUCCCGAAGGAGAUCUACAUCUUCCUCCUCUUCAUCUUCGUCUACAUCGAAAUCCUCGAGCUCAAGAUCCUCUUCAGAGUCUCGAUCCAGCUCUAGAUCAAGGAGAGGUAGCAUGCGGCGUAGGUCUGACUCUCGCUCUCGAUCUCGGAGGUACUCUCGCAGCCCUGCAAGACGCUACUCGAGUAGCGGAGGAGCAAGAGACAGCAGAAGAUACUCUAGAUCCCUGUCUUCAGAAAGGGAUCGAUAUUAUGGAGGAAGACGUCGGUCAAGAAGCCGUUCACGGUCAAAUGACCGCUAUGGACGCUCUGGACGAGGUGGAGCACGGGCACGUAGCAGCAGCCAUAGUAGUAUAUCACGGAGUCCAUCUCCUGGACGAGAAAGGGGGGUGAGACCAACAGUAUCCCCUGCUCUGGGGGAGCGUUUGAAAAAGCCUGAGCUUGCUGUUUGCAGAGAGAGCGGAUCAGCCAAAACAAAGUUGACUCCUCAAGAGAAGCUUAAACUUCGAAUGCAGAAAGCAUUAAAUAAGCAGUACAAGGCCGAUAAGAAGGCAGCUCAAGAAAAGAUCAUCCAACAGGAACACGAGCGCCAGGAAAGAGAAGACGAGCUUCGAGCCAUGGCAAGGAAGAUCCGUAUGAAGGAGCGAGAGCGGCGCGAGCGAGAACGUGAUGAAUGGGAGAGACAUUACACGCGGAGUCGAACCCCCUCCCCAAGGCACAGUCGAGAGUACAGUUCUUCAAGGAGACGGUCCCGUUCACGAUCCAGAAGUCCUCAUCACCGUCAUUAGCUCGGUGUUGCAUCUGCCUAUUAUUAUUUUUUUGAUUAUACUGCGGGUUAUGAAGAAGAUGAACCUUCCCAGAGUUCGUGGUGCUCCCCGUGGGGCAGAGAUUGAGAUAAAUCUCAUCACCAAAUGAUUGAAGAAUUGGUAUCAGAGUGGAGACUGUCUCACGUCCUGAGAGAUCCUGGAGGUCAAGGCCAGCCUUUAUGACUGAUGUCGGACUGUCCAGUUUUCAUAAAACGCACCUCUUAUCUCAUGGUGUCCAAGGGUUUGGUCUUUGUGGUGUUUUACAGUUGUUCUCACUUUUUUGUUUUGUACAUUCCAGAGCUACCCAUCAGACACCAUUCAAAGAGAAUCAAAUCUUCUAGCAGAGUAUAAAAUGGUUCGCUCAACAACCCACAAAAUAAUACAGCUGAGCGUAGCGAAUAUUUAUAUAUUUUUUGUCCCGCUAACUCCUUUAGAGUCUCUGGUUUUAAUGUGGUCAUCGUCAAAGAUUGAUCACUUUAUAUUUGAGCCUGUAUUAGGAUGUAACAGACUACAAUGAACUAUAAUUUGAUUACAAAUUGCAAGCUAGAAUGCUUUAAGAAACACUAGUCGGUGAUCUAACGAGUGUUUAUUGUCUUGCAUCUGUUUCAUAAGGGCUUGAUAAGGGGUCAGUGCUCUUCGGUUAAUGCUGAAGUAGCAGUGAUCUCAUUGCACACAGAGUGUGAUGUAAGAGUUUGGUGGGAUACAUGGCUUUGUUUGCAGAGCUGUGAUUUCCACCCAAUUCCAUUUAUUGUAUAUGUAAAUAUAACAUGUUUUGUUUCUUAAA